AUGAACAACAUCCAAUGCACUGCCUUUCGCGGGCCGGGGUGUACGACAUCAGCUGGCCCAGUUGCCGUGCCGGCUGCUGCAGCCUGGUACCGCCAAGGCCCCCCGACGCGCGCUCAAGUGCAACACAUCAGUGCAUUUGGUUUGGGCGUGGCAAAUCGUGACGAUGCCCGAUGGGUACAUACCGGCCACCGUACAAGAGGCCUUGCUGCACGUGUGCAUGGGAGAACGCGCGGUUUCGGAGCUUCUGCAGCAAGUCGCCGUCCCGCAUCGCAGCGGAGGGCCCCCGCCCACCCUUGCCCUGCAAUGCCCCCGUGCGAGACCGAGCUUCGGGUUGCACCUGACUCAACUCGUCCCGCGACCGCGCCUGUCGUUGCGCAAGCCGAUGGCCGACGUCCCUCGAGUUCCAGUUCCAGCUCCAGCAGCUCCAGGUCUGACUCCAGUGUUUGGGACCCUGCUCCGCGUGCGUCACCGCCCGCCGCCCCCGACGCCCACACUGCUAGCACUGUGCGCCAGCGCAAUGGUACCGACACUCAGCUACGUUUCCGUGCACCCUUGGCUACCCUUGACAGUUUCUCAGCCGAGGAUGUGCUGGCGCAGCCGUGCUGCCUGUUCCGUGUGCCUCCGCACUUUUGCAAGGGCGUAUUGCGUCAGUGCUUGCGGCUUGCCUUUGACUUGGUCGUGUGUGCAUGUGACUCGGCCACUGCAGCGGACUGGAGUCGGGCCUGGAAACUCCUGCUGUUCGCCCUUCGCAUGUUGCUGCACCGUCCCAGAGGAGGCAUCCGACUUGACAAGGCGGUGUUGCUUGCACGCUUCCAAGCUUUCCUGCGCGGGGAGUGGGCGCCGCAAGCAUUGUUGGCAGACCCGUUGGCCCCCCCCACCCAAGACAAAUUCGAAGCACUGUCCAAUGCUGAGCGGCGCCUUGUGGUCGGCGACUUCCUGCGCCGCCUGGUCGCCCGCACGUUGGCACAACAGUUUGCGGCUCCCUUUGCAGAAGCUGCUGCCGCCUAUGACGGCAUGAGCCGACAAAUGGUGUUGCGGGAGCUGACGGAGGUCCCCCAGGCGUCGGCGCUGUUGCCGUUCGUGCGCUUGUGCUUGGGUCGCACGUCCACCUACUGUUGGCAGCAAGGCGCGCACACGCGGCACUUGCAGCAAGGUGAAGGAGUCGAACAGGGUGACCCCCUGAGCCCAGCAUUGUUCAGCUUAGGCUUGCGUGCAGCUUUGCGGGAUCUGCAGGUUGAUGUCCGACCCGAGCUUGGCGAACGCGUCCUUGCAUACUUGGAUGAAGUUACUUUCCUGGCCAGGCCGCAUGCAGCUGGAGUCGCUCCCGAUGGCCUGCAUGCCUUAUCAACCACUGCCCGCAUUUGGUUUGGGGACUCGUCGCUCGCGGCUGCCCAACGCGGGCUCGUUUUGCUGGGAGCACCGUUCGGCACGCCCGAGUUCGCGCAGGCACAGUUGCAGCGCUCUCUGGAGCGGCAGGCCACUCUCCUCAACCAACUGCCGAAUCUACACGACACACAGGUCGGGUGGCUGCUGUUGUCGUGCUGCGCAUGCCCACGGGCGCAGUAUGCUGUCCGCACGCUCCCCACUGCCAGCACGCACGAGUAUGCGAUGCGUCAUGAUGCCGCA